GAGUGUUGUUAUCACUCCUCUAAAUAUAAAGAUCAGCGAAAACAAGCGCAGCUUCAUUGUUUGACUCUGACUCACUCGCUCGCUCCCUCCCUCAGAAACCAUGGCCGAAUUUGCCAUCAACAACAACAACAACGGUUCCCAUUCCAGCAUUAACAGCCCCCAUCCUGAUUAUGCGGAGAUUGUUGUGGUGCGUCAUGGCGAAACAGCUUGGAAUGCUACUGCAAAAAUCCAGCCUUGGUAUGUUCAAAUUUCGCUCAUAUGUAAACAGGGGCACCUGGAUGUUGAAUUAAAUGAAAAUGGAAGACAGCAAGCAGCUGUAGUGGCUGAUAGACUAUCCAGGGAACCUAAGGCCUCUGUUAUAUAUUCUUCUGACUUGAAACGGGCUUUUGAAACAGCACUGAUAGUUGCAUCCAAGUGUGGAGGGAUCGAGGUUGUCAAGGAUUCUGACCUACGGGAGAGACACCUAGGGGAUCUUCAAGGCCAUGUUUUUCAUGAAAUAGCAAAAACUAAUCCCACAGCUUACAAGGCUUUUGUGUCUAAGAACGAAGAUCAAGAAAUACCAGGUGGUGGAGAAAGUCUUGUUCAACUUUAUGAUCGCAGCACAUCUGCAUUGCUUAAAAUUGGCUUAAAGCAUAAAGGGGAGCGAGUAAUUGUUGUCUCUCAUGGAGGAUUCAUCAGAGCCCUUUACAAGUGGGCAUGCCCAAAUGGUAAGCCUGGGAAGGUACUCAAUACAUGUGUUAGUGUUUUUCACUUGUACGGUGAGGACAAAUGGACCUUAAAAGUGUGGGGUGAUGUCAGUCAUCUGAACGAAACUGGAUUUCUAGAGUCUGGUUUUGGAGGUGAUAGAAAUUCUGGUUAGGCCAUUGUUUCCUAUUUAAGGUAAUAAAGGUUUGAUUGUUUCCCAUCCGAAGUUAAUAAAAGAUUAGAGAAAGAGCAGAAAAUGGAUAUUAAUCAGUGGUGCUAAAUAUGAUUUUGGCCCCUAUUUAUGUUUUGUAUCUUAGCAUGCAAAUAUAUGGUCACCAUGUAAGGAUAUGCCUAAACUAUUUAAUUUUGUGGAGGUGAUGUCAAUCUCCUUUAUAGAAUUGUUUCUUUUAAAAUCUUUUCGAAGCUUUCAUGGAGUGAUGAAUGUAAUGAUACACUUUUCAUGUUAGUAUUUUUAAUUUGUAUAUA